GAUGUCGUAUGCAUUCCUCAGAUGAUGGAAAUGUUGUCGUGUUUUAAGACCAAUGAUUUCGAUCAAAGCAAAUGUGGGCCACAGAUCACCGCAUUUCAGAGCUGUUAUGAUAAAUAUGUGGAUGACCGCAAAACUAAGGAACUGAACAACGAUGACGUGAUACCGACGCCCGGACAGCAAAAACUGUCUAAGGAUCAGAUGAAUGUCUUAUUGCAACGAUGGCCACAACCCAAGUGACUGUCUGUCUGUCCACUCAAUCAUAUUAGCGCUUAACUUAAUAGUCAUUACAAUACAUGUUAUAAUCAAUUAAAUACACAUUAUAUUGAAUAGCGUUUCGAAAGGCUUUUGUUUUAUUUAAGAG